AUGGCCCAGAUCCGUGGCACCGCGGGCUACAAUCUCGGCCACCAGAACCCGUUCGGCGGGCCCGGUAGCGCAGAUGCCACCAGCGACCCUAGCCCGCUCGACGCCAUCCGCGAGCAAACCAGCAAGAUUGAAGACUGGCUAGAUACCAUGUCUGACCCUGUGAAGCCGUACCUUCCCGCGAUCGGUCGAUUCCUGAUCGUAGUGACAUUCAUUGAGGAUUCGCUGCGCAUCCUCACACAAUGGAGUGACCAGCUGAUCUAUCUCAACGAUUUCCGCAACAUUCCCUGGGGAAUUACACACAUUUUCCUAAUCGUUAACGUCAUUGCCAUGGCCGUCUGUUCCACCUUGGUCAUUGCCCGCAAGCGCACCGAGUUCGGUGUCGCGGGAUUGCUCGCUGUCGUUAUUACACAGGGUCUCGGAUACGGUCUUAUCUUCGAUUUGAACUUCUUCCUGCGUAACCUGAGUGUUGUUGGCGGUCUGCUUAUGGUGCUGUCUGACUCCUGGGUCCGCAAGAAGUUCGUACCUGCCGGUUUGCCCCAGCUCGACGAGAAGGACCGUAAGAUGUACGUACAGUUCGCUGGUCGUGUGCUGCUCAUCUUCCUGUUCGUUGGCUUUGUUUUCUCUGGCCAAUGGAGCUUUUGGCGCGUGCUGGUCAGCCUCUUCGGUUUGGUCGCGUGUGUUAUGGUCAUUGUCGGCUUCAAGGCUAAGUGGAGUGCGAUUGUUCUUGUUGUUCUUCUGAGCGUUUUCAACGUUCUUGUCAACAACUUCUGGACUCUCCACCCCCACCACCCACAAAAGGAUUUCGCCAAGUACGAUUUCUUCCAGAUUCUGUCCAUUGUUGGUGGCCUCUUGCUGCUGAUCAACACUGGCCCCGGCCAUUUGAGCAUGGACGAGAAGAAGAAGGUCUACUAG